AUGGAAUGGCUUGUCGUCCUCGUGACAGGUGUCAUUGCUCUCAUUGUGUUCCAUGUUCCAUAUCCUCAAACCUUGUACUUUCGUUUGGAUGAUCCACGUAUUGGUUAUCCCAAUUUGGGAGUUCAGACAAUUCCAUUUAAUUUGAUUGUGAUUGUGUUUGUGGUGAGUGUGCCGAUUGGAUCCUUGUUGGUGUUUCAGUUGGUGUUUAUAAGGAAUAUUCAUGAUUUGCAUCACAUGUUAUUGGGAUAUAUUCAGUCCUUGUGUUUCAGCAUGUUAUUCAUGAUGUUCUUUUGGUUCUUCUAUCCCGAUUACCGACCAAGUUUUCUCUCCGAAUGCAAUCCUAUUCCGUCUCGAGUUCAAGCUCUUCACAAACAACGAGCCAAUCCAUUCAAUUCCAUUACCUAUUAUUUACCUCAAGAGAUUUGUUCACAUCCGGAAAGAUAUUUAGGCAUGAAAGUGAAUAUCACUCCAGCUUUCCCGAGUGGACAUGCUUCGAAUUUGUUUGCUGUAUGGAUUUAUGUCUUGUUGUACUUGUUUGCGAAAACAAAGGCUCUCUCCUUAAUGCAAGAUCGAAACAAGUACAAUCAUAGAAAUGGUUCUCUCACAAGUACUGCUCGAAGAGGAAUUCUCUUCUUUCCAUUUGUGACUUUAUUGAUAUUGGCAUGUGCUGUUUGGAUUGGGGUAUUUUCUCGAGUGUUGGAUUAUCAACACACGUGGACUCAAGUUAUUGUUGGAACCAUUAUUGGGGUGUUUUGUGGGGUUUUGGUCUACAUGUACAAGUUUGGAAGUUUGUUUGGACAUAAUUCACACAUACCAUUGUAUUAUUAUUGGAAAGAGGAGUAUGAAAGUUCUUAUGAAAAACCAGAUGAAGAAGCUUCAAAUGAAAUGAACAGACGCCCUUAA